UAAAAAGAAAGAGGAAGAUGAUGGAGAGAUUGAUGAAGGAGAGAUAGAUGAUGAUGAUCUUGAAGAGGGGGAGGUGAAGGACCCCAUGGACAGGAAGAUCAGACCCCGACCCAUCUGCAGGUUUUUCAUGAAAGGUAACUGCACAUGGGGCAUGAUCUGUAGGUUCAUCCAUCCAGGAGUCAAUGAUAAAGGCAACUACUCCCUCAUCUCCAAGCCAGAUCCCUUCUCUCCUAACGGAGCACCUCCUGGAGGGGGAGGAGGAGGACCUCACCCCCUCAUACCUGAUAGCCCCUGGGGAGCCCCUGCGGUAGAAGAGUUGCCUCCCCCUCCACCUCCUCUAGAUCCUCCGGUGGAGAGCGCCUGGGAAAGAGGCCUUAGACAUGCCAAAGAGGUUUUGAAGAAAGCCACCAUUCGUAAAGAGCAGGAACCAGAUUUUGAGGAAAAACGUUUCACCGUAACCAUAGGUGAAGAUGAUCGAGACUUUGACAAAGAAAAUGACUUCUUCAGGGAACGCGGCUAUCGUAUAACCAGAGAGAUCAGAGAUGCUGGUGAUAUUGAGUUCAGAGAUCCAGGUUAUGGUGAUCUUUAUGGCGACCCAUACUAUGAUUAUGAGAUGGACGCUUUUUGGCGAGGAGGCCAGUAUGAGAAUUUCCGAGUGCAGUACACAGAGACCCCACUGCCAUACUACCCUGACCGAGAGCGGGAACGAGAUCCACGUGAGCGCCACCGUGAGAGGGAACGGGAGCGUGAGAGAGACAACCGUGAGCGGGAGCGCAGACAGAGAGAGCGAGAAAGGGAGAGAGAGCGGGAACGGGAGAAAGAGACCCGGCGCAGAAAGGAGGAUAGGGAUCAUCUGAAACGGGACGAAAAAGUGGGACGGCCUAGAGAGAGGCCUCCCAGAGAGCCACGGGAGAAGAAGGAUGAGAAGGAGAAGCCACUCAAACCACGUUCACCACCGAACAUGCCACCCAGAGGGCAAUGGAGCCACCACCUAAGAAGGAGAUGGUCCCAUUGCCCAAGAGGCCAGAUGAAUGGAAAGACCCCUGGCGCAGGUCUAAGUCCCCUAGGAGAAGACCUGGUCUCAUGGGCUCCCCUCCACGUGGCCGUAGACGACACAGGCCCUCCGGAUCUUCAGUUUCCCUUUCCAAUUCAUCUAGGUCUUCAUCCCGAUCCUCAUCGUUCACGGGUACUGGCUCUUCCCGUUCCCAAUCGCAUUCACGGUCAUCUUCAAUGAGUUCCUACUCAAGUCACUCCCUCUCCAG